AUGAACGGCUCAUCAUUUGACCCUUCGCGUUUGACGAAAAAGGCUGCAGCUGAAUAUUCUUCAUCGGAGGAAGAAUCUGAAGAUGAGCACCUUGCGCCUGGCCUCGAUGCCGACAACGACUUCGGUGACUUCAACCCUCGCAAGAGACGUCGCACGGGUCGUAAUAACAAGGAGAAGGCAGCGCUAGGCAUCUUUGGCUCCGAUAGUGAGGAUGACGGUCCGGCUAAGAAAUGGAAGAGAACGACUUUGAGAAACAAGGGCAUGAACUUUGUUUCUACAGGCGCAGACGAAAAGGAAGACGAUGAAGAUUCCGAAGACAAUCGACCAAUGUUAGGAACUGCGAUGGACCAAGACGAGGAUGAGGAGGAAGAGGAGGAGGAAGGAAAUACUCGUGGAAUAGGUCUCGGCUUCGCAGGUGCACGCGGUUUCGCGCAGAACAAUACCCAAGAUUCAAGUCGAAGCGCAAGCGCCGAAGCACCAUCCCGACCAGCCUUCCGAACUCGAUUCGAUGGAAAGAACCCUCUCGGUAUGGGCUUCGUUCCCUCAUCAGCCAAAGACCCCGUUCUCAAGAACCCGCGCGAUGAAGGCUCUCCGACGCCCCGGAACAAACCACAGCCCAGCGCUUUCGGCGCAAAGGGCAAGACGAAUCCCAAAUCCUUCGGAGCUCGAAUGAUGGCCAAGAUGGGCUACCAAGAGGGCCAAGGUCUGGGUAAAGAAGGUCAAGGUCGAAAUGUCAUUAUCGAAGCGAACCUGCGACCGCAGGGUAUUGGUUUGGGUGCUGUUAAGGAGAAGUCUGAACAGGAGCGGAAGGAAGAGAAACGACAGGCCGAAAUGCGAGGAGAGAAAAUAGUCGAUUCGGACGAAGAGGAAAAGAAGAAGAAGCGCAAGAAGGCGAAGAAGUCUCUGGGUGGUGCAUUUGACAGCGCUACGAGUACACCACGACGACAGAAGCCGAAAUAUCUUACAGCAGAGGAACUCAAGGCUACUGCGCCCGGUCUUCACAUCCCAGAUGCAUUUGCUCCUAUUCUCGACAUGACAGGGCCGGGUAGCAAGAUGCUUACCUCGACGAGCGGCAUUAUGACACCUACGACAGGAACCGCUACACCGGAAUCAACAGAAGUUAUUGAGGCGAGGAAGCUCGUCAAGAGAGCGCAGGCCGACUUGUUGGCCUUCUCCGACGAGUGGAAGAGUCUACAAGAGAGGAAGACAUGGAUUGACUUGGAGCUGAAGGAGAAGGAGCAAGAGAUGGACGAUUUGCGAUCAGACUUUGAAAGGUUACAAGUCUUUUCCGAAUUGGUCAGUGGUGAGCUUGUGACCGGCGACUGGGACCAGCUUAUUGCAUGUCUACACAAAGCUCUUGAGCUCAAGGCUACGACAUCAGAGAUUGCCGACAUCGCCGUCGCAGCUAUUCAUCCAUUCCUCCGAGAGGCAGAUUGGGAUAUUCUCCAGGAGCCUACACGCUUCGCUUCAGGACUCAAGGAACUACUACCGUUGCUUAUGCCAGCAACAUCCGAUGGCAAGACGGUUGGCAAAUGGGAUUCUUUGUCAGUUGAAGCAGACGACAUCUACCGCCGUCAUCACAAAGCAACGACACCGUACGAAAGUAUGAUGUACAAAAACUGGCUCCCCAAAGCCCUCGCCGCAGUCCGCUCAUGGGAAGUCCUGGACCCAACACCAAUGCUCACCAUUAUGGAAUCCUGGCACGAUCUUCUACCAACAUUUGUACGCGCCCAAUUCAUCGAUAAUAUUGUUCGAAAGUUAGAAACAGCCGUUUCAGACUGGAACCCCAAAUCCAGACGCCAAAGUCACCGGUUGCCACACGUCUGGCUCUUCCCCUGGCUACAAUACCUACCGUCAUAUCACCUCGAUCCCAAGGGCACCGGCCUCGUGGCAGACGUAAGACGAAAAUUCAGACAACUCAUCGACGUGUGGGAGUUCAAGAAGGGCGAGUUACCAGGUUUGAAAGAUUGGAAGGGUGUUUUGGGCGAUCAAUGGCGACCGCUCGUCAUGUCCCACGUCCUCCCGUCAAUGGGCAAAUAUCUCAGCCGAAAUUUUACGGUCGAGCCCUCGGAUCAAGAACCUACUUUGCCUGUACUUACAGGUAUUCUGGACUGGCGGUACAUUCUUGGACGGAGGGUCGUCGCCGAGGUUCUCAUGCAGCACAUGUUUCCCAUGUGGCACAGAAUAUUGGGCGAGUGGUUGUCGCGUGAUGAGGUUGAUUUGGGCGAGGUUGCGGAGUGGUAUUCUUGGUGGCGAGGGGGUGUCUUGAAGGAGCUUGCGGAGGUUAACUCCGUCAAGGCGGAGUUUGAUAAGGGGAUGAGGGUUAUGGCGAAGGCGGUUGCAGGGGCGUGA